CAGCUCUUGCCGAGUCGCCAGCUCCAGACAGACACCAUGCAGGCCCUCACCCAGUCCGCUUGCUUCGGCAAGACCCUCCCGGUCUCUGGCGCGCGCGCCCGCAAGAGCGUGAACACCACCGUGGUGGCCAGCGGGGCCAAGAAGAUCGACAUCAGCAAGCAGGGCCUCAACUCCAUCGAGAACGAAACAGUGAAGCUCAACCUGAUGGGCAAGUCCAAGACCAUGGAGUCCAAGGGCUGGGUGGACCCCCAGGGCCGCAAGGGCAAGGGCUACGGCGUGUACCGCUUUGCCAACAAGUAUGGCGCCAAUGUGGACGGCUACAGCCCAAUCUACACCCCCGACACCUGGUCUGAGUCUGGCGACUCUUACAAGCUUGGCACCAAGGGCCUGCUGGCGUGGGCUGGUCUGAUCGUUGUGCUGCUUGGCGUGGGCGUGAACCUGGUGGUCUCCACCUCCGCCAUUGGCCAGUAAGCUGAACGCCGUAGCGUCGGCAGCCGCCGGCGCUUGGCAGCAGCUUUGGCACCCGCAGCAGCAGCACACUACCCUCGCAGCUUUUUGCAGCACUACCUAGCAGCAACAGCAGCACAACAGAGAAGACCACCCCCCUUGCUUCCGUUCCUCCGUUCCGCUUUAGUUGGCGUGUAUGAGUUUGCCGGCUCUGUACCCUCUUGACACCACCUGGUGGCGACUGCGUGGGGCCUGCGCCCUGCUGCAGUGGCGGCUCUCCAGCCGCAGGACCCACACACUGUAAUAGAAAAGUA